AUGGAGCGCAGAUCGGCCACCACCCUUAGCUGCAAGCACCGCUUCUGCGCCGACUGCCUGCGCGAAUGGCUCCCUCGUUCUAGCCACGGUAACUGUCCGAUAUGCAAACGCCCGCAAACGUACGUCUGCGGCCAUCGGAUCCCUGACAAGCAGAUAAAGGAUGGAAGCGAGUUCACACAAGCACAGAUUGAUAUCAACAUUGAUAUUAACAUCGAUACCAAUAUCGAUAUCAGCAUCGAUACCAGCAUUGAUAUCAACAUCGAUAUCAGCAUCGAUAUUACCAUCCAUAUCAACAUCGAUAUCAUGGUUAUCCCCGACGUUCGCGUCAGGAUCGCUGCCGACGUCGGCAGUUAG